UCGUUUCUUUUCCUGAUUGGGCGUGUCUAACAUGCUAAUGCAUUAUGAUUGGCUAGAAUGUUCAGUGUGAGUUUUUAAAUUCGUUUUCACGCCACUGCUUGAGCUGGAUACCUGGAUAAAUGGUGUAUUUGCCAGAUUCAAUGAAAACCACCGAGUUUGAUUCGUCUGAUGAAGAGGAGGUUGGGGAAGAGCAGCAAACUCCACUGGAAAUUUCCUGGCUACCCCUGUCUGUUGUGGAGUGCUCCCAGUUUCUUGGAAUCUGUGCUUUGCCAGGAUGCAGAUACAAAGAUGUCAGAAGGAACCUGCAGCGGGACAUGGGAGAGCUGCAGGCCCAGGGUGUGCAAGAUGUGUUUGUGCUCUGCACCCGGGGGGAACUCCACAAGUACCGCGUCCCCUGCCUCCUGGACGCCUACCAGCAGCGCGGCCUCAGGGUGCACCACCUGCCUUUCCCAGACGGGGGCGUCCCUGAGCUGGAGCAAUGCUGCCAGAUCCUGGAGGAGCUGCUGCUGAGCAUCGAGAACAACAGGAAGACCAUCAUCCAUUGCUAUGGAGGCCUGGGUCGCUCUGCAUUAAUCGCUGCAUGCCUUCUGCAAAAGCUGUCCGUCACCAUGACGCCCGACAAAGCCAUUGAGAUCCUUCGACAGUUGAGAGGGGGCGGGGCGAUACAGACGGUCAAGCAAUACAACUUCCUGCACGAGUUCCGGGAGAAAUAUGCUGCCCACCAGGAAUCCAAAGAGGUGCCGUGCGAGCGAUGCCUGUCUCGAUGAGUUCACCUGCACCAGGAGUUCAACCGGUCUGACGGCUGUUGUGGAUUUCAUAAUAAUCUCUAAUGCAAAAGCAAAUUUAAUAGGUAUUUGUGUGUAUGACGGGGGUAAUUUAUUUCCUUCUUGAAUAUUUUUUUGGGCUUUCUCUGCAAUGUAAUGCUUUUUUCUUGUUUCCAUGGUAUUUUCUCUUCUAGCACUUUACCAAAAAAAAAAAAAAUGGUGUUACUUUUAAAAUAAUUUAAUAUAUUUUCCUAUAAAAAAAUGUAAAUCGCCACCUUUUUUCACAUAUAUUUUUGAUUUGAAUACUUCAUGCAGAACUGACAAAACUCCCAAGCAUUUAUGAUGUGACACUUUUAUUUUCUCCUGCAUGAUGUAAUCUAUACAUGCUUAAAAUAAAAUGUAUAAUACAUUUAAGAGAAGUACAGACGUUGGGUUUGAGCUACCUUACACGUUUGUGUAUGGCCUGUAAUGGCAUUUUUCAACUGGCAAAAUGUGGUUUUCUUCAGGACUGCAAAGAUGUUAAAUCAACAUGCAGGUACUAGUUUACUUGCUUGAAGAUGUUUUAAAUGUGUAUGUAUAUUUUUAUCUGGGUACCUGACAAUGAAUGCAUGUGCAUUUUGUGAUAAUGGAUACAUUUGAAUGGAAGCAUAUAAAAGUGAUUGUACGUGUGAUCAGGUUUCUGAAUUAAAUGAAAAUAAAACUGUUGGUUAAU